GACCAAGCAAAGGGUCGGAGUUGACACUACAGAUGGGAAAGGAGAGGUGCAGAGCCGCUCCCAGUCCAGCGCGGACCUAACCAAGCAGGCGAGCGCGCCGGGAAGUGGGGAGAGCGCGAUCCCAGCACCAGCAACAGUAGUUCUGCUGUUCUGCGCGCUCCAGAGGAGCCAUGCUCGCACUCCGAAGCGGCCUGAGGAAGGUGCUGGCUCCGUGGGCGCUGGCGCCUCAGGUGUGCUCAUCUUUUGCUACUGGCCGCAGACAAACUGAAGGAACAUUCUAUGAGUUUUGUACUUAUUAUCUUAAACCUUCAAAGAUGAAAGAGUUCAUGAAAAAUUUUAAGAAAAAUGUUCAUCUUCGGACAGCUCACUCGGAAUUGGUUGGAUAUUGGAGUGUAGAACUUGGAGGCAGAAUAAACAGAGUAUUCCAUAUUUGGAAGUAUGAUAAUUUUGCUCAUCGAACUGCAGUUUUCAAAGCCUUGGCCAGUGAUCCAGAAUGGCAUGAACGAUUCCUCAUUCCAAAUUUGGCUUCCAUUGAUAAACAAGAGAGUGAAAUUGUCUAUCUGGUACCAUGGUGCAAAAUGGGAACGCCUCCCAAGGAAGGAGUCUAUGAACUUGCUACUUUUCUUAUGAAACCUGGUGGCCCAGCUCUAUGGGGUGACCCAUUUGAAAGAGCAGUAACUGCCCAUGCCAAACAAGGCUACACUGAACUAAUUGGUGUGUUUCAUACAGAAUAUGGAAAACUCAACAGAGAUGGAAGAUCCAGAGCACAGUAUCAAAUUCAAAGCAAACCCAAAAUUCAAUUGUAUAAAAAAGUUCAGUGCCUGACAUCUGUGAUCUACUCUUGGAUGGAUUGUCUGGACUUCAAAGGGCCAUGGAGGCUCCACUUCUCAAGUUUUGCCAACCUCAGAACCCACAGCUUACCUCCUAGACUCAGCCUGCUCUGCUCCACAGCUGCAGUCUCUCACUAUCCUGGCAUCUCCAAUGUGCUGAGUCCUCUGCUGCAGCUAAGGCUGCAUCCUCACCAGUGACCUUUCCUGGUCUCUCUUCAGAGACUCCAACCCUGCUACACAGUACCAAGUCUGCUCUGCAUGACACCUGUAUGCCUUCAAAACCAGUACCACCUGGGUGACCCUUACAGCUGCCAACAUAAGAUGCAAAAAUAAAGUACUAUAAAAUAUAGUAAGAAGUCAUACAGUCUGGAUCUUGAGUUCCUUUAGCUAUAAGCCAGUUUCAUUUCUUCAUCUAUAAAACCAGUUGGAUUAAUUAAUCUAUAAUUUUCUUUUCCAAGUCUCUGACUCCUCUGAAAUC